AUGGAUGAGUUCACUGACGGGCGGCCGGAUGAAAUUCCGUCCAGCAAUUCGUUCUGUCCGACAGCCUUGCUCGUGAUCAAACUGUCCGGAAUCGGAUUCCAAUAUGUGCUAAAUGCCGCGCCGACAGGACUUACUAAAGCGAUUCCAACUUACGGUCGUGUUGGAGGCUUGGUUUGGAUUAUACGACCAGGGUUCAUACCUGUCAAACGGUACGACAUACAACAUUUCAGCCACAAGUGCAAACCUAGCAUGAGGAGUUCAUUCUUCUCUUUGCUUCACCUCAUACUCAGCUUCGUCAUAGCAACUGUUGCUGUUGGUGCGGAGUAUCAAGUCCAAACCAACAAAGAUGAUUAUGAUAACGGCAAUGGUCGUAAAUCUGACCUCAUGCUGAUGGAGGACAUUCCCCUGCCCAUGGAUCCUCGGGAAUUCUCCCACGUUGGUGGGGAAAGCGUCCUGCGUUCCUUGAAGUCAGAGUUCGAGGUCAUGGAUCAAGACCCCUACUCUAGCGACCUUCUUGCGGCUGCCGUCGAGGCCAGCUCCUUAUCACCAGACGCCGAAAAAGGGGAGUUGCGGCACGUCGACCUGGUGCAGUCUCAGCACCUGCCUCGGGUUGCAUCACCGAAGCCGCCGCCAGGAUGGCUAGACUAUGAGAGCAUAGUUAUUCACUGA